CCUGUGCUGCGCCAGCCCCACUUGCCUGACAGCUUAAAUCUGCCCUGCCUGGGCCCGGAGGAUCGAGACUCGGCAUCGCAGCACCAUGAAGUCAGCUGGCAUCGUGCUCCUUGUGGCCCUGCUCUCGCUGUGGGCCAAGCUGCCUGCUGCAUCUGGAGGAGACACGUCGACCGCAGCACCUGCUAAGGAUGGUUUCUGCUACAAGGUGGCCCCAGCGGGUGGUGUGUUUGAUGGGGAGAACUGUGCUGCCUGCCUGGGGAACAACUCCUGCUCCACCUGCUGCACCGACGCCGACUGCCCCGGCAGUGAAAAGUGCUGCCCGGACGAGUGUGGCUACACCUGCCAGAUGCCAGUGACAGAUCUCUGCCACCUGCCGUCUGUGUGCGGCUAUUGCAAGGCCAGGUUCCCGCGGUGGUUCUACAACUGGUCCAGCCAGGCCUGUGAGGAGUUUGUGUACGGCGGCUGUGGCGGUAACAGGAACAACUUUGAGACGAAGGAGGAAUGUCUGAAGGCCUGCAGCUCGCCUGGCACUGCCUAGCCCUGGAUGGCAUGGGGGAGCCGAAGAGGAAGCUGCUGUUCCUGCCUGCUGACCGACUUCCUGGGAACAAUUUCUGUCCCUUUCUGCGGGAAACGAUUCUCCAUGCCUGGGGAGCCCAGACCUUGCUCCCCCGGACAGUGCAGCAGGGUUUGGCUGGAGGCAGUUGCAUAGUCUCCCAGGUGCAGAGCCAGCCCCUGCGGCCCUCAACCUGGCCCCAGCCCCAUUACCGUUCUGCAGCUAGGGACAUGUGUGCUGUCACAGAGCCAGGCAGGGGCUGCUAGUACAGCCCCGGCUUGCCUGACUGAUAGCGCCCACCACGUUGCCCUGCACAAACGCCCCUUUUCCUGGGACCUCGCGGGGCUCUGUGGGGUUAAAUACAAGGACUGACUUUUUUCAAACAGAAGUAGGUCAUGUCGCUCCCGCCCUUCGGAGGGGAGGGAGCUGUGCAUGCACCUCUGGCUGGAGUGCAGACUCUGCCACCGCUUCCGUACUGGAGGGGGCUGCGGGGGCACUUGGACUCCAGGGCACAUUGGCUGGUGGGAGUGCAGAGCUCUAGGGAGUGUAUAGGCAACAGGACCCCCUGCGAAGGCCCCACCAUGAUCCUCUUUCUCCCUGCCUGCUGCUCCGCACCCGUCACUACAGUGACUCUCAUGCCAGCAUGUGCUUUCCUUGAAGUACCAGCUCCUGGAGUCAGGGGAGCACAAGAAUCUCAGCUUCAUUUAAAACAAUGGCUGUGCAGAAAAGCCUGAAAUCGCAGCCGGGGCAUGAACAACAGCCCCAGCCAGCAAAGAACAAGGCUCAGGGCUUACUACUUUGGACAGUCUCACGAAUUUCUAGUUCUUUUGGCUGGCAACCCUGCCACUCUCCAGUCUCAUCCUUCGUGUCAGAAGCACCCAUUUUUAUCUGCUGGGCCUGCCCUGUUCACCCACCCAGCUAUAACAAGAGGCAACGUGGUUAAGCUAAGGCACUGGCUGGCAGCCAGAAGACUUGGGUUCUAAUCUCUGCCCUGGGACUGUGGGCAGGUGUGAUGAAGUGGGACUGGUUUUAAUGUUCCCUCUGAAUACUCUGUGGGGGCCUCAGUUCCUGGC